AUGGUGCUAUUCCCGUUCAUUGUCGUGUCACUUAUUUCGUCGAAUGUUGAAUCACAAGCAGCAUGCUCUGGAAAUGGAGGAAUUUCACCUGCUGUCGCCUCGUUUGUGAAACCACCAUACCUAGGAUCAGUUUGGUUCACUGGAAGGGGAUAUUGGAUUCAUGUCAAUGGAAGUGUGUCGGGCUUCCAACCUAGAACACAACAUGGAGUACACGUGCAUCAAUAUGGUGGACUUGGGAAUAAUUGUAAUGAUGCAGGACCACACUGGAACCUAUACAACAGCUACAAUGAAAUGUGA